AUGAAAUCGUAUUUUCGAAAUGGUGAAAAAGCCCAAGAUAAGGAUGUUUUCAUUGCCGUUAUGGGUACAACCGGCUCUGGGAAGAGCAGUUUCAUCUCUUUGUUGGCCGAGCCCGGCACUCAAGCCAUCUAUUCGUACUUAUAUAAGUAUGAUAACAAUACCAAUGUCUAUUUGAUCGACACUCCAGGCUUCGACGACACCAAUCGCGACGACAGCGAUGUUCUCCGCGAGAUUGCCUUUUGGCUCUCAGAUUCAUUAAUGAAGAAGAUCAAGCUUAGUGGGAUGUUUUACUUUCACCCGAUUUCUGAUCCAAGAAUGCAAGGCAGUGCAAUGAAAAAUAUCUUGAUGUUUAAAAAGCUCUUGGAACGUCACUUAAACAACCAGGAAUCUGCAAAGCAGCUUGUUUCAAACCUCCUGAAAGAUAAGAAGGUUAUCUUAACCAGACAAACGCUGGCAAAACCCUUGACAGCGACCUUGCUAGCUAAAGGAAAAAUUCAAGAAAUUGAACGAGGAGCGGGAGAAAUUGAGGAUCAAUCUGGAGGUUCUCAGAAGAGAGGCACAGCUCAAGGAAGAGAACGCGCUCAUAGCACAAAGAAAGAUAGAGGAGGAGGAGCAGCGAGUACAGCUACAGGAGCAGUCUGA